AUGGCUCCUCAAAUGAAGGGACUAGUCCAGUUCAUUACGGAUAUCCGAAAUGCAAAGGAAGUAGACGAUGAACAAAAACGGAUUCAGACGGAAUUGGUACACAUCCAAAAGCAGUUCCAGCAGAGUAACUUGUCCGGAUAUCACCGUAAGAAAUACAUCUGCAAGUUAUUAUACAUCUAUUUACUGGGUCACCCAUUGGAUUUUGGAUUCAAUGAAGCGAUUGAACUUGCCAAGUCAAUCAAUUAUAGCGAGAAGACUAUUGGUUAUUUAGCACUGGCUGCAUUUAUCAAAGGAAAACAAGGUCGAAAUGGUGAUGAAACAUCAGAUUCUCAAUGGCAAAGCAUUUGUGAAGCACUUGAUAUUGAUUUCAGUUCUCCCAAUGCUGAACAUGUGUGCUUGGCAUUGAGUUCGGUUGUUGAUCUAUGUGAUUAUAGGGAAUCCUUAGUGAAGCGGUACGAGACCCGAGUAUUUGGUGCAAUGGUGUCACCAGAAUUCGACUUUACAGUCAAAAAGAAGGCCGCUUUAACUAUGUAUAAGUUUGUCAGAGUAGAUUCGGAUGCCGUUUCUAGACAUCCUGAAAUCAUAUCACGAGCCGUUCCAUUGAUCAAUUCUGAAAGUCUCAGUUUGGUGUUGGGAGCGAUUCCAUUGUUAGAAGUAUGCACCCGUUUAGACUAUAAGGCUUGCGAGCCAUGCAUUACGCUUGCCAUUAAUAAGUUGUACGAGUUGAUUGUGGAGAAAAAAUGUCCCGAGGGCUAUCACUUCCACGGAACGGCGGCUCCAUGGGUAGUAGUGAAGCUUUUCCGACUAUUGGAGGCAUUGGUACCCGAUGCAUCCUCGUCGAAGGAUAUUCUUGAUAAACCAAAUAUGAAUCGGCUCGACGAGAUUUUGAAAGUAGCUGUUUCUUCAUCCAUAGAGUGCUCUUCAGAUCCCGAUAGCUCCGUCGAAGCACGAAAUGUAUCCGGUUCCGUGCUAUUUGGUGCGUUGUCCCUCAGCGCACACAUCAUUAUAGAGGAGGAGCAAGAGGUUGUAGCUGCGGACUCCCUAUGUGUUCUUUUGAAGUCACCCGAUAUUAACACUCGAUAUUUAUCACUUGGUACGUUGCUUCAGAUAGCUGCAAGAAACGACAAGUCCAGUGUUGCAGCAAUAUAUAAACAUUUCAGUCUGGUUUCACUUCUUCUCAGAGAUAGAGAUGUUUCUAUUCGACGCAGAGCUCUUGAUCUCGUAUACAUGGUUUGUAACUCGAACAAUAUAGAGAAGAUUUGUUCGGAAUUGCUCAAAUAUCUUGCGAUUGCCGAGUUUUCUAUGAAAUCUGAAGUAGCUGUGAAGGUGGCUAUAUUAGCAGAGAAUUUUGCUACAGAUGCCACUUGGUUUGUGGUUACCAUUGCUAAACUAUUGGCAUUAGCUGGAAAUUAUGUGGAGGACGAUGUUUGGUGCCGCAUGGCUCAGAUCAUCGUCAAUAAUGAUCAGAUACAACCUACUGCUUGUCGGACCAUGGUGAGAUACUUAAAAGGAGGUCAAUAUCCAGAAUCUAUGCUUAGGUUGGGAUCAUUUGUUCUCAGCGAGUUUGGACAAUUGAUAGAGGAUGUUACCCCGUUGACGGAGCAAUUCAGCUUACUCUAUGUACGAUAUCCACAAUCGUCCGUUCUUACCAGAGCAAUGCUUCUCUCUGCAUUUUUUAAAUACUAUUUCAAAUGUGAGAAAUUGCGUCCACAAUUGAAGAAAGUGUUUGAAGAGGAGACCAAUUCGUUCAGCUCCGAAAUCCAACAAAGGGCUCUUGAAUAUCUUGCCUUAGUAGAGAUGAACGACCCAGCAGUUUUAAAAUUGAUAGUUGUUGAUAUGCCACCAUUUGCUUCCAAGGUAUCUCCAUUGAUUUCGAGAUUGGGCACAGUUGAAGCGUUGAAACAAACUUUCAAAUUGGCGGAACCGACAGAAAGGAACCCGGAGUUAGAAGAACAGGAGACGCCGGUCUUUGAGAAGCUCCUAGCCACAUCUGAAGCCAAAUUGAUUGAUUUAGAUAGUGGUAGAAUUGGCACCACGAUAGCCACUGGUAUGGCUGCGGUGUCUCGGCCGGCACCUCCUCCUCCACGGAAUAAAAGAAGAGCUACCGUCAACUCAUUAUCAGAUACGGGUACACUCAGUGCCACGUCUACAGGAUCCAACGACAAUAGCAGAAGGAGCUCGGUUUCGCUGCUUCACUACCAUGAACCUGUACUAUCACCAACCUGGAAGGAAGGUUAUUACAGACUAUGUAGGUUUGAUCAAGGUAUAUUCUUUGAAAACUCGUUGAUCCGAAUUGUCUACAGAUUGAAAAGAGAUCGCAGUACUUUGCACAUAAGUCUCAACUACACAAACAAAUCACCUUCAACGAUUACAGGAUUGACGGGGAAGGUUAUUCUUCCAAAGCAGAUUGGCUCGGAAUAUGUGGUGAAUGUGGUGAAGCAUCCGGACAGUACCAUACCCGAAAAGUCUAGAACAAAUCAAUUGUUAGACGUGAUGAUUAGAUCGAUGUAUAGGGAUGCAUCUGUUCCUAUAAUUCAUAUCAGCUUUAUGUCAGGAGGUCUUAGUAACAUAAAGUUGAAGCUUCCUAUUAUUCUAUUUAAAGGAAUGUGCCGAGGAGCACCUUUAUCAAAGGAGGUGUUCCUCAAUAGAUGGACUCAAAUAGUACAGACUUUAGGAAGCAAAGGAGAAGCUCAGCGGAUGAUCAAAUUAACUAAACCUACAACUACUGUGGCUCUAGGCAGGCUGAUCACGUUGAUUGGAUUUGAUAACUUGCCUCAAGUGGAUGCUAAUCCUUAUAAUAUUGCUGCUGCAGGUAUCUUGAAUGCGAAGACGCAAAAUUUCGGUUGCUUGAUGAGACUUGAAUUGAGUCCAAAUGACAAUACCUUAGUCGGACUCACUAUAAGGUGCACCACUGAAGGGCUUUCAGAUAUAUUUGCGGAGAGUUUAUCAGACGUUCUAACCAAUGAAUGA